AUGAAAUUAACUAGUGUAUUUUUUUUAACUGUUACUGGAUUAACAACAGCAUUACCAAUUUUAGAAGGACGUGAUUCAGGCAAUCAUUUAAUUGAAUCAAUUAAGAAGGCAACUAACGAGAUUGAGAAUGUUAAUGCUCGUACUAUUGAUAACGUAAACAAACGUGACUUUAAUAGUUUCAUUGAAGGAGUCAAAGAUACUGGUAACGAUAUAAAGAACGUUUUCAACCCUGACAAACGUGACUUUAUUGAUGACGUCACCAAAUUUGGUAAUCAAUUAAUGUCAUUAUCAGCGAGAGAUUUCGAUAGGACAGAAAUAAUUAGGCUAAUAUUACAAUCUUUGGAAAGUUUAGAUUUGAAGGAAUCUUUUAAUACUUUAACUAGAGAGUCAAAUGUUGAUCUAGAGAUAGAAGAGAUUAGAUCCUUGAAAUCAGCGAUAAUCAAUGGUCAAUGGAAUCUAUCAAUUCAAUUGUUAGAGCAAUUAAAUUUAGAUGAUAACAAUUUAAAAUCUUCCAUGGAAUUAAUUUAUGUACAACAAUAUAAAGAGUUAUUAAGUUCAGGUAAUGAUCAAAAAGCUAUACAGGUUUUGAGAAAUUAUCUAACACCUUUAUUACAUGAUCAAAAUGAUAAAAUUAAGCAACUUUCUUGCCUUCUAAUGUCCCCAUUCUUAAUUGACAAUUUGAAACAAUCUAGAUCAAUAGUUUUAAAAGAUCUAGAAAAUUUUAUUCAAAGUGAUCUAUUGUUACCAAAUAAUAGAUUAUUCACUUUAUUAAAUCAAUCUAUUCAAUACCAAUCCGAUAACUUCUUCUACGUUUCUAAUACUAAUGAAGUCAGUUUAUUAAACGAUCUAAAAAAUGAUUCGUUAUCAUUCCCAAACUAUAAUAAUUCCCUUAUAAAAGCUCAUAAAGAUGAAAUUUGGCAUUGCUCUUUCACGAAAGAUGAAACUUAUUUCGCAACUGCAUCAAAAGACAAAUCUAUCAUAAUUUGGUCCAUUGAUUAUACUAACAAUUCUAUUAAAAAGAUUAAACAUCUAAAAGAUUUUGAUCAAGACGUUUCAGUCAUCAAAUUUUCUAACGAUCAAUCUACUUUUAUUAUUGCAAUUGAGAAUGUUUUAAUUUUUUAUGAAACAGUUAAUUAUACAGUCAAAUUUAAAUCAGAUGAUCAACAUGAUGAAACUAUAUCUAAUCUAUUGUUCACCUUUGACGACUCCAUACUUUACUCAACUGCAUUAGAUCAGAAAUUAUUAGAAUGGGAUUUGAAUGGUAACUUGCUAUACAAAUGGGACCAACUACCAAUUAGAAUUACUGAUUCUUUACUAACUCCAAAUAAUAAGUCGAUCAUACUAAUUGGACCUGAUGGUCCUCAACCGACUUUAUCACCAGAUGGUACUCUAAGUUAUACAGAAGAAAUGAGACGUUUGAUGAUCUACGAUUUGACUACGAGAGAUUGCAUUUGGCAAAUUGAAAUGAAGAAUGAAAUUUCAUCUUUAAGUGUAUCACUAGAUUCUUCUCAACUAUUAUUUAACUAUGCACCAAAUGAGUUACAACUAUGGGAUUUAAAUAAUCGUUGUUUAAUUAAAAAAUUAUAUGGUCAUCGACAAUCUCAGCACGUUAUUAAAUCAUCUUUUGGAGGUUAUAACGAAAACUUCAUAAUAAGUGGUAGUGAAGAUUCAAACAUAUACGUAUGGCAUAGAAAAUCUGGUAAACUUAUUCAAAUAUUAAAAGGCCAUCAAAUUGGUUGCGUGAAUUCUAUUACUUGGUUAUCGAAUAAACCUCUAAUUUGUUCAGUUGGUGAUGAUUCUUUUAUUAGAUUUUGGUCAACAAAAGAUUCAAAUCAAGUUCAAUUGAACUUUAUAAAUGAUGAUAAUGAUUCGGUUCACUAUCAGGAUGGUUCAAAUAGUGAUAAUGAAGAAAACAUUAAUAUGACAGAUGAUUAA